AUGAUGCAUCGCAUCAAAAACCUUUUGCUACGUUACCCAAUGUGCCGAUCAUUCCAUGAGCUGCCUGCGUUAUACCGUGGCUAUGCUUCAUCAGCCGUGGCUGGGGUGUCCAGGAGAGUGGUACAGGGCAGGAGGUAUGGCACUCAGGCAGCAGCGGAGCCUUUCAUUAAUGGCAGCUCCUCCGCUUACAUUGAGGAUAUGUACGAGGCUUGGCAGAGAGAUCCGAACAGUGUACAUAAGUCAUGGGACUCCUACUUCCGUCAGACAGCUCGUGGAGCUCCUCCAGGUCAAGCCUAUAUGGCUCCACCAGCUCUCCGCCCAAUGACCUCUGCAGUCACAGCUGCCUAUCCAGGGCAUGCUGUGGAGCAAGGCCUGCCAGUGGAUGAGAAAACUAUUGAGGAUCAUCUCUCUGUCCAGUCCAUUAUCCGCUCUUACCAGAUUCGAGGUCACAGGAUGGCCCAGUUAGAUCCCUUGGGGCUGGAGACCUCUCAUGAGGAGAAAGAGUUGCAAGUUCAGUACUAUAAUUUAGAAGAAGGAGAUCUGGACCGAGUAUUCCGCCUGCCUCACACAACCUACAUCGGAGGUAAUGAAGCAGUUCUGCCUCUCCGAGAGAUCAUCCGCAGGCUUCAGAAUGUUUACUGUCGGUCAAUUGGCGUUGAAUUUAUGUUCAUCAACAACUUACAACAGACAGACUGGAUCAAACAGAAAUUUGAGACGCCCGGCAUCAUGCAGUUCAGCCAGGAAGAGAGGAGGAUGUUGAUGGCUCGACUCAUUCGAUCAACCAGAUUCGAAGAGUUUUUAGCCCGCAAGUGGUCUUCAGAAAAACGAUUUGGCCUUGAGGGUUGCGAAGUCCUCAUUCCUGCUAUGAAGACCAUCAUUGAUGCAUCCAGCGCCAUCGGUGUGGACAGCUUCAUCAUCGGAAUGCCUCACCGAGGUCGUCUCAACGUGCUGGCCAAUGUUUGCCGCAAGCCUCUGGAGAAAAUCAUUUGCCAGUUUGAUUCUAAGUUGGAGGCCGCUGAUGAAGGUUCAGGCGACGUCAAGUACCACCUGGGCAUGUCACAUGAACGGAUGAACAGGGUCACAAACAAGAACAUCAAGAUUGCUGUUGUGGCGAACCCCUCCCACCUGGAGGCCGUGAACCCCGUGGUAGAGGGCAAGGCAAGGGCAGAAAUGUUCUACAGAGGUGAUACAGACGGAAAGAAGGUUAUGCCACUACUUUUGCAUGGAGAUGCUGCAUUCUCUGGCCAAGGCAUUGUGUAUGAGUGUCUUCACUUGUCUGACUUGCCAGCUUUUACAACACAUGGCACCAUUCAUAUUGUUGUCAACAAUCAGAUUGGCUUUACGACAGACCCACGGUUUUCCCGCUCAUCCCCGUACUGCACUGAUGUAGCCCGGGUUGUGAACGCUCCCAUCUUCCAUGUGAAUGCAGAUGACCCGGAAGCUGUGAUCUAUGUGUGUAAAGUUGCCUCUGAGUGGCGAUCAACAUUUGGAAAGGAUGUUGUUGUUGACUUGGUUGGUUACCGUCGGUUUGGCCACAAUGAGAUUGAUGAGCCCAUGUUCACACAACCUCUCAUGUACAAGAAGAUCACCAAACAGCCAACUGUCCUGGCCAAGUAUGCUGAGACAUUGAUUAACAAUGGAGUGCUCACCCAGCAGGAGUAUGAGGAGGAGAUUUCCAAGUACGACAAAAUCUGUGAGGAGGCGUACUCCCUGGCCAAAAAAGAAACUGCGGUCAGCAACAUUGACUGGCUGGACUCGCCCUGGAGUGGCUUCUUUGAAGGCCGUGACCCCAUGCUGUUGCCCGUCACUGGUAUAGCCGAGGAGACGCUGAAGCACAUUGGCACAGUGUUCAGCACACCACCGGCAGACUUUGUCAUCCAUGGAGGUCUGAAGCGAGUUCUCAAGGCUCGCGCUGAGAUGGUUGAGAAUCGUACUGUAGACUGGGCACUUGGUGAAGCCAUGGCGUUCGGUUCUCUGCUCAAGGAGGGAGUCCACGUCAGACUCAGUGGUCAGGAUGUGGAGAGAGGGACAUUCAGCCACCGCCACCAUGUCCUCCACCAUCAGACAAUAGACAAGAAGACCGUCAUUCCCCUGAACACACUGUACCCUGACCAGGCGACAUACACUGUCUGCAACAGUUCUCUAUCUGAAUAUGGUGUCCUUGGUUUUGAACUUGGCUACUCUAUAACCAACCCCAAUGCUCUCGUUAUUUGGGAAGCACAGUUUGGAGACUUUGUCAACACGGCACAGUGCAUCAUUGACCAGUUUAUCAGCAGUGGACAAGCGAAAUGGGUCCGGCAGUCGGGGAUAGUGCUUCUGCUGCCCCACGGCUUUGAGGGGAUGGGUCCAGAACAUUCCAGCUGCAGAUUGGAGCGAUUCCUUCAGUCGAGCAACGACGACGCUGACUAUUUUCCUCCUGAAGGUCCUAACUUUGAGAUCCAACAGCUGCAUGAGACUAACUGGUUUGUGGGCAACUUCACCACUCCUGCCAACUUCUACCAUGCCAUGAGGAGACAGAUUGCCCUUCCGUUCAGGAAACCGCUUAUUGUAUGCACACCAAAGUCUUUGCUGCGACUCCCUGAAGCCCGCUCCAGUUUUGAUGAAAUGGUUACAGGAACUCGCUUCCAACGACUCUACCCAGAAACUGGCGAGGCAGCCAAAUCUCCGGAGGCUGUAAAGAAGAUUGUAUUUUGUACUGGAAAAAUCUACUACGAAUUGAUCAAGGAGCGUGAAACUAGACAGCUCAACCCUGACAUUGCCAUUGCUCGCAUAGAACAGCUCACCCCGUUCCCCUUUGACCUGGUCAAGGCUGAGCUAGAAAAGUACCCCAAGGCCAUCGUUUGCUGGGCUCAGGAGGAGCACAAGAACAUGGGGGCCUACUCAUAUGUCGAGCCCCGUAUACGUACAGUCUUCAGAAAAUUGGGCAUACGUAGACGAGUGGAGUAUGCUGGGAGGUUUGCCUCAGCCGCGGCCGCCACUGGAAACAAGCAGAUGCAUUUGAUAGAACUGAGCCAGCUUUACGAUGCUGCCAUGAAUACAUCACCUCGGCUGAGUGAAGAAGACUUUUAA